AUGUUUCGACAAAGGAAAGGAACUUCACCAAAAAAUUCUGUUGCUUCUUCAACGCCUAGUAGCGAUGCCAUACGACGUUUAGCCAUCAAUCCAAGUGGUAUUCUUGGUUCUUUCUAUGAUGCAACAAUAGAUGAAAUACUUCUCGAUAAGGUUUUACAAUUGGGUAAUACUCCGAUAAAUACCAUACCACUUGAGAAACCCCCGCUAUGUCGACUGAUGGACAUAGAUACAUUUGAUAUUCAAGCACUAUUUCUUGAGAUUCGUAUUCAUGAUGAAUUAUGGUUGGAUGUUAUUUUAAAUAAUCUAACAGAAUUAGGAAUGCAUUCAUUAGUUAACUGUUCAUUGCCAAACAAUAAAAAGACUCGAUUUCUUUAUUAUCGUUAUACAAGUCAGCGUCGGUUGAUUGUUUCAGCUCCAACUGUAGUUAGUCAGUAUAUUCCAAAAGAGAUACCUGCAAUUGAUGCAACUCACAUUAUCUCUGAAAUCAUAGUGGGAAUUCAGGCUUUUGUCGUAUUAGAAUUACCGUCCUCUAAUGAAACCUCUGCUGAUAAAUUGCUCAAAAGAAUAUGUGAUCGAUUAAUAAAAAAUAAGUUUGAAUUGAAAAUAGACGAGCAAAAUUGUCUUAGCCGAAUCAAGGUUAUCCAAGUCUUCUCGAAUAUACUUGAUCUAAUGGAAACGAAUGACUUAGCUAGAAUAUGCGAAUUAAUAACUAGAAAAAAACCACAUAUUCGUCGUCAACUUCCAUUGGAAUACAGUCUUCAUGAUAUUCAAUGGUUUUAUCCUAAUGUUUCUACCAGAAAACGCGAAUUUACUUUACUUAAACCCUCAUUCCAAAAUAAAAUUAAAGAAUGUUUACUUUACUUAUCAUCUGAAACAAAAAGAUUAGCAAAAAAGAAUACGCAGACAACGAAUCAGCCAGAUAUUGAACGAAUUCGUAAGUUGGUUGCUAAUGUUCGAGCGGGAAUAUGGUCGCAUGAAGAAGGUACAGCAAUUCUCAAGAAAAUAUCUGAUGACUUAUUUCAAGACGAAGCUAAUCUUCCUCCAAACCGAUCUCAAAUAUUUUCGGAAAAUAAAAACUAUUCUAAUGAUCUCGAACAAAAAGAUAGCGAAGAUGCAACUAUUUCAAAUAAACAACUUAACAACAU